AUGAGCAACUGCGCAUUUCGUCUCACGAAUGCCACGGCUCGUACAUUGCAGGAGGGCUUUAGAAUCACAAAUGCUCCGAUUUUAACACUACAGGACCGACCAGCUAGUCACUUCAAGACUAUCUUGGACGAGGAGGAACGAACACACUGGCAAGUGGAUAUCAAAACUGGUUGGCUCAGCACACUCGACUACGCAAAACUCUUGGGUCGUGCAUCAUUGGGCGUCAGCUUACACACCAGCAGCAGCGGUGUUUAUCUACCCAUGAAGGUGGUGGAUAUGUUUCACGCUGGUUUGCCGGUUGUCGGAUGGAAUCGAUUCGAGGCUUGGCCGGAGUUAGUCACAGAAGGUGUCAACGGACGAGGAUUCGGUAGCCCAGAAGAACUGGCGAGUCAUUUCACAGACUUGUUUGGACAUGCAUCAAAGUUGGGAAAUCUGCGACGUGGUGCCCAAAAGGAAAGCCUACGUAGAUGGGAUUAG